UAAUAUCUUUAUUACGUUACAAAGUGGCAGAACGUGUUGAUGAAAUGAGACUGAGUGGGAGGAGGGGGAUCUUACAAUUUAUUUAGAUCCAGAAAUUUUGCUUUCAGGUUGAAAUUAUUCUGGAAAUCAGAAAAGUUUGAUGCCAACAUAUUAUGUUCAAAACUAGAAGAAAAUAUUACAAUCUAAUUCUCAAUAUUAAAACUUAUAUUCGUCGUCCCCUUGCACUGAACAAUGGUUGCUUCCAUAUCCGGGAAUCGAAUUGACUAAUCACUUAUCAACGUCACAAAGUUUCUAGUUCUAUUGGUGUACAACGUCACUGGUUCGAAAGUUAAGACUAAUUCUGAGAAGUAAUAAGUUGGUUAGAAAACUACGGUUGGACCUGUAAUUUUACUGAAACAGGAGACUUUAUUUCUGCUUGUAUGUCUGCCAGUAUCCAAAAUUUGAAAACUUUUGACCCCUUUGCCGAUGCCAUCAGGGCUGAUGAGCAGAGUGGUGUUCAGGACGGAUUAAUUCACAUCCGAAUCCAGCAACGAAGUGGCCGAAAAACUUUAACUACCGUUCAGGGUAUUUCAGACGACUACGACAAGAAGAAGAUUGUAAAAGCUUGCAAAAAGGAAUUUGCCUGUAAUGGUACAGUUGUGGAGCACCCCGAGUAUGGUGAAGUAAUUCAACUUCAAGGAGAUCAACGAAACAACAUCUGUCAGUUUUUGACGAAAGUUGGGAUUGCCAAACCCGAUCAGCUGAAAGUUCAUGGUUUUUAAUCAAGUUUAUUAUAAUGCAAGUUUCUAUGUAAAACCUUUUCUUGCACCCAGUUUUGUAGUUUUUCUGCAGUAAAGAAAAUAGUUACUUUAAGUUCCAUCAAAAAAAGAUUUGUUUAUAUCUUGGCAUCAUGUACCUAAAUUCAGUUGAUAUUUAUAGUCAGUCUUGUAUGCUAUUAGGGUAAGCUGAAAAACAUUGUAAUAUGAACAAACAUUUUUUAAUAUGAUUAACCAUAUUUUAUGGAUGAGAUUUGUACUUGGUUGCCCAAGACAAUAAAUUUCGUAGUUCAUUAUCA